AUGUCAUUCACACCAUCUCCAGGCAUGGCAACCACACCUACAAUGUCUGCAACAGAGAGUCCACCACUUCAGUAUAUGUCAGAAGAUGGAGACAGCAUUGACAGAAGUGAAACCAUGAAUAUGUCCCAGCUUGAACCCUUACCUCCUGUUGAUGCCCAACCAGUGAUGUACUGUGAACCAGCCUUUUGGUGCUCUAUUAGUUACUAUGAACUCAAUACUCGUGUUGGUGAAACUUUUCAUGCUUCACAGCCUUCUAUAACAGUAGAUGGUUUCACAGACCCAAGCAAUUCAGAACGAUUCUGUCUUGGACUGUUGUCAAAUGUUAAUCGUAAUGCAGUUGUGGAACAAACGAGACGUCAUAUAGGGAAGGGUGUUCGUUUGUACUACAUUGGUGGUGAAGUGUUUGCUGAGUGCCUAAGUGAUUCAUCCAUUUUUGUACAAUCACCUAACUGCAAUCAGCGGUAUGGGUGGCAUCCUGCUACAGUCUGCAAGAUACCACCUGGCUGUAACUUAAAAAUCUUCAACAAUCAGGAGUUUGCAGUGCUGCUGUCCCAGUCGGUGAGCCAAGGGUUUGAGGCUGUGUAUCAGCUAACGCGUAUGUGCACAAUUCGAAUGAGUUUUGUCAAAGGUUGGGGAGCAGAGUAUCGCCGUCAGACUGUCACAUCUACUCCUUGUUGGAUUGAACUUCAUCUGAAUGGUCCACUUCAGUGGUUAGACAGAGUUCUUACACAGAUGGGCUCACCAAGAUUACCUUGCAGCUCAAUGUCCUAA